UAUAACCUCCUCCACUGAAACGCAUUCAAGCGUGCAAUGAGUUUAAAUUUGUACCGAUGCUGUCGGCAAACCACGUGUUACUUUCCCCAAGUACAAAAGUGUCAGAUGCCAGUAGCUUGACACGCAUAACACGUUUUCUUAAAGACUUUGGCAACUUCACGAUGUUCAUCAGCAGCAGUGCGGAAUCUUUCAUUCAUCAUUCAGAGUAUUUAAUUUCAAGUUUUCACGCCUCCGAUAGUGGCCGGUGAUGAGUGCAUGCUGGUUGUUCAUUGGCGCUUUGGGAAUCCAAAAAUUGACGGACGAAACUUCUCCAACAACUAACGACCAAGAAAAGGGUCUGGAAAAUCUACCCACCAAUCUGCGAUAAAAUAGUUCACCCUUCUUUUAGGUGAGGCCUGGGACGUUUAAAAGAAGGAUUUUUGGAGCUGGUUGUUUCACUUCCAACUCGCCUGUAGGUUGCUUCACGCAAAGCUUGGGCUUGAGUCGGUCGUGGCUUCGAGGUUUCUUCACUUCACUGUGCAAGAUAAUCGCCUCUUCCUCCUAAACCCUCGGGCUAAAUUUUAACUGUUCUUUUUCUCCGUUUUAUUUUGUUAUAAAACGUCGAUUUAAAAACUUGUGUUGCCAUGGAUUUGUUGGGGAUCUUCACAACCGUCUGCCUGUUGACGUGGCUUAUAGGACUAAUCGCUCUCACACCGAUCGAAGCUGGGAAGAACCGGGACCAGAACCGAGAUAAGACCCACGACCAGGAGAAAGACCGGCAGACGAGACGAGAUGAAUCCGAGAAGAACAACCGCCGUCGACAGCACGGAGCAGACCGUAGUAGGGACAAGGACCGUCGGGGUCGUGAGGUCGAACAGCUACGGUGUCCACCUUGUGAACAGCUUCACUGCAACCCGAGGAAACCCUCCAAGUUGAACUGUAAAGGAGGAAUAGGCUCCGGGAUAUGUGGAUGUUGUCCUCGAUGUUUGAAGGUUGAGGAGGAACUCUGUGGCGGCAAGUGGAAUUACUUAGGGAGUUGUGAUGCUGGAUUAGAAUGUGUACAUGAUGCUAUGCUUGGAGUCCAGAGUGAUGUACCAAGGGAACAACGGAAAGGGAUCUGCCGUCCAAUACCGAUUGAACGGUCUCAGCCUGCCGUUGCCGAUGGUUUGCCCGAUCUAAUCCAACUAGACCAGGGUUUAUCAUGUAAGCCCAAAUGCACACCAGAGUUCUGCGCUACGGAUCCCAAAGCAAUCUGCUCUGCACUAGACAAUGUAGAUCGAAAGAAAGGUUGCCAGGGGGAGUGUCAGCACACCUCCUGUAUGGCGUGCGAGUUUGUCGCUCUAGAACCAGAUUGUGGACGUUGUGGCAAGAAUGAUUAUCGUUGCAUGCGACAAUUUGCUAAGUGUAUAAGACGACAAGUUUGUACCAAGUCGCAGUGGCCAUGCGGAAACAUGGACCAACAGGAGACUUCGGGGAAAUUUCAAUGUCGGGUACCAGACUGCAUCCCUGGUUAAGUGAGCAUCAUCUUUGAAUCUCAUCAGGUCUUCAACGUCAUCUUGAAGGAAUACUUUGUCCGAGAGGAGGACACUUACACUGGAACAGCAGAAUGUAUUGACAACAUUUUGGACAGCAAGGCCAGUGCAAGAGUGGCAAGGACUAAUGUGAAAUUCAAGCUCAGUAAACUGACAAUCAUAAUGGGCCAGGUUCGUCCUCAAUUACCAACUAUUGACAAUGUACAGUUGAAAACAUGGUGGGUUUUUUCUUUGGCCAAUUUACUUAUUUAAAAUACUAUCUAGAAAUGUUUCUUUUUGAAGACAAGAAAAUGGUAAUGAUUUGCCUAUUCGCCAAUUUGUAAGUGUUUUGAAAAUUGAUAUUGGACCUGAGUAGAAAUUUGUUUAAUAUGUCAGAAAUGUAAUCAAUA